CGCGCGGGUGCUGUAAGUUUGCAGUGAGAUUGUUGGGUUAAAGAGUUGGAAGUCACCAGCGGGGCGGUCUUGCCGUGCUUACCUAUCUCGCGCGGGUGGUGGAGUCACCUGCUUUGUCUACAAGCCUUCAUCUUUCUUGGAAGCCCACAGCAACCCCCCACUUGAAUCCUACUCUGCUCAAACACCUCUCCUCACCAUGGCUCUCACGCAAUCACCACUCCUCUGGAUCGUCGGCGGCGCUCUCGUCUCCUACAUCCUCUACACCCGGAUCGCCCUCUACCUGCGCCGGCAGCGCAUGAUCAAAGAGCAUGGCUGCAAACCAUGCCCCUACGUCUUCAACAAAGACCCGAUUCUCGGCCUUGACGUCUUCAGAGACAACAUCCAGCUCUCCAAAGCCAAGCGCAUCCUCCCCGGCUUCCGCAGCCGCUUCCUCAACCUCAAGACCAACACGUUCCACUCGCGCAUGAUGGAUCUCCCGCUCAUCGCUACCUGCGAACCCGAGAACGUCAAGACGAUCCUGAGUCUCAAGUUCAAGGAUUUCACGCUGGGGGCGCGCACACGCGCCUUCAGUCCGCUGCUGGGCGACGGCAUCUUCAACUCCGAUGGCGAGAAGUGGGCGAACUCGCGGCAUCUGCUGCGUCCAAACUUCGCCCGGGAUCAGGUUGCGGAUCUGGAAGCGUUCGAGCGGCACUUCAAGCUCAUGCUCAAGCACAUCCCAAAGGACGGGUCGACGGUCGAUCUGCAGCAGCUCUUCUUCCGCUUUACCAUCGACACCGCCACCGAGUUCCUGUUCAACCACUCCACCGACUCGCUGCGCAUGAUGGAUGUCGAUGAGAACAAUGAGGAUGUUAUUUUCAGCAAGGCGUUUACUGAGGCCCAGGACGACAUCAUGAUGCGCACCCGCCUCGGCUUCCUCGACGUGUUCCGCCCGAACAAGAAGGGCAACGAGGCGAUUAAGAUCUGCCACGCGUACGUGGAUAAGUUCGUCGACGACGCGAUUGCGUGGCGGCGCGAGCAUGAUGCGGAGAAGGCGGCGGGCUGGACGCAGGAGGACGGGCGCUAUGUGUUCAUCAGGGAGCUAGCGAAGCAGACGGAUGAUCGGAAGCGCAUCAGGGACGAGCUGAUGAAUAUCCUGCUUGCCGGGCGCGAUACCACGGCGAGUCUGCUCAGCAACAUGUGGUUUGAGAUUGCGAAGAGACCUGAGGUGUGGACGAAGCUCAGGGAGGAGGUUAAGAGCUUGGACGGACGGCUGCCGACGUAUGAGGAGCUGAGGAACUUGAAGUACCUGAGGUGGUGCUUGAAUGAGUCCCUCCGCGUCAACCCCGUCGUCCCCGGCAACUCCCGCUACUGCAUCCGCGACACCGUGCUCCCCCUCGGCGGCGGGCCCGACGGCAAGCACCCGCUCUUCGUGCGCGCGGGCACGCUCGUCGGCUACUCGCCCUUCGCCAUGCACCGCCGCGCCGACAUCUACGGGCCCGACGCCGACGACUUCCGCCCCGAGCGCUGGGAGACGCUGCGCCCCGGCUGGGAAUACCUGCCCUUCAACGGCGGCCCGCGCAUCUGCCUCGGCCAGCAGUACGCCCUGACCGAGGCGAGCUACGUGACCGCGCGUCUGCUGCAGGAGUUUGCCGCCAUUGAGAGCAGGGAUGAGAAUGGCGGCGUGUGGGUCGAGGGUCUGACGCUGACCUGUGCGAGUGGGAAUGGGACGAAGGUCGCGUUGACGCCUGCUUGAGUGACGGCGACUUUUGAUUUUUGGGUGGUAUGUGAGAGCUUUUUGAUCCUUGGGUGGUGGUGUGCGAGAGAGCGAUUCGAUUCGAUUCUUUUCGUGCGGAUUUUCACAUUUGAGGACUGCCUGCUUCCGGCGAGACGUAGGUUCCGCACCCCUUCUCCUGCACACUGGAGAGAGAGAGGUGGGG